GUAAAAGUAGUUUCUAUCAGUCGUGCUGUCGUGCCGGGCGUACCUAGGUUGGAAGUAGUUUAGCUGUUCGUUGUUAGUGUUAGCUGCGUAUAAUCAGUCGAGUUUCGGGAAUCAACACCGCUGCAAUCAACAUGUCGGUCCCAAGCGCACUCAUGAAGCAACCGCCCAUUCAGUCUACGGCUGGGGCCGUCCCCGUUCGCAAUGAGAAAGGUGAGAUUUCAAUGGAGAAGGUAAAGGUAAAACGUUAUGUAUCUGGAAAGAGGCCAGACUAUGCCCCUAUGGAGUCUUCAGAUGAGGAAGAUGAAGAAUUUCAAUUCAUUAAGAAAGCCAAAGAACAAGAAGCAGAACCGGAGGAACAAGAGGAGGAUUCAUCUAGUGAUCCCCGGCUGCGUCGUUUGCAGAACCGUAUUAGUGAAGAUGUGGAAGAAAGAUUGGCCCGACAUCGGAAAAUAGUAGAACCUGAAGUAGUAGGAGAAAGUGACUCAGAAGUAGAAGGAGAUGCUUGGCGCAUGGAACGAGAAGAUACCAGUGAAGAAGAGGAGGAAGAAAUUGAUGAUGAGGAAAUAGAGCGGCGCCGUGGAAUGAUGCGUCAACGAGCACAGGAGAGAAAAAAUGAGGAAAUGGAAGUCAUGGAGGUAGAAGAUGAAGGACGUUCUGGGGAGGAGUCAGAAUCAGAGUCAGAGUAUGAAGAGUACACAGACAGUGAAGAUGAGAUGGAGCCUCGCCUUAAGCCAGUCUUCAUUCGAAAGAAGGACCGAGUGACAGUUCAAGAACGGGAGGCUGAAGCAUUGAAACAGAAAGAGCUGGAGCAGGAAGCAAAGCGCAUGGCUGAAGAGAGACGAAAGUACACCCUCAAGAUUGUAGAAGAGGAGACCAAGAAAGAGCUGGAGGAGAAUAAGCGUUCCCUGGCUGCACUGGAUGCACUCAACACUGACGAUGAAAAUGAUGAGGAGGAAUAUGAGGCAUGGAAAGUUCGAGAGCUAAAAAGAAUCAAGAGGGACAGAGAAGACAGAGAAGCGCUUGAAAAGGAGAAAGCAGAAAUUGAACGCAUGCGAAACCUGACUGAGGAAGAGAGGCGAGCUGAGCUUCGGGCAAAUGGCAAAGUCAUCACCAACAAAGCUGUUAAAGGCAAAUACAAGUUUUUACAGAAGUACUAUCACCGGGGUGCCUUCUUCAUGGAUGAGGAUGAGGAAGUAUACAAGAGAGAUUUUAGUGCACCAACCCUGGAGGAUCAUUUCAACAAAACCAUUCUUCCUAAAGUCAUGCAGGUCAAAAACUUUGGACGUUCUGGUCGUACCAAAUAUACCCACCUUGUGGAUCAAGAUACCACCUCCUUUGACUCAGCAUGGGGCCAAGAGAGUGCCCAGAAUACAAAGUUCUUUAAACAAAAGGCAGCUGGAGUACGAGAUGUGUUUGAGCGACCAUCUGCCAAGAAGCGGAAAACAACCUAGGAUUCAACUAUUUAUUCUAACUGUGGGACACAAGGAGAUGUCUCAGCAUCUGGUCCUUGACAUUCUUUUACCAUUAUCACGUGGUUCUUAUAUCCACCUUACUGGACUUACUGCCGUACCUAUUACUGGGUAGUCCAGUCCUUGAAGGUGCUUUGUGAGGUUUGGACUUAAGACUAAGAAACCCACAGAAAAGCACUAUCCAGGUAGGAAUAGAAGCUGCCCACUUAACAGUUUCUGAGAAAUCUUAGGUGUCUCUGCUGUGGCUUCCCAUAUUUACUUGGGAGUAUUCAGUUUUCUUCCAUCCAUCCACUUAGCUUGUGUCAGAAAUGUGGGUGUAUUAAGUGGAAAAUGCAAUACUUCUACCUUAGGGUUAGGAGUACUAUACCAGGAAAUCUAAGCUCAUUGAAACCUGUUUUGCAUUUUUGGUUGAAGGCAACUUUUCUAAAUGAGUAUACUUUUUAUCCUUUUGUGUAUGUCAAGAAAUAAAAGAUAUACCCCAGAA